GGACCAAUAAAUUAAAAAAAAGGACAGAAACUACGAAAAGAGACUUACAAGAUUAUUUAAUGGAACAGAUAUUAGAAUUUUGCUUCCUAGUGCUAAGAAGGCCUUGCUUCCCUUUGCCAUCAGGCUUCACUCUGCUGUAUUUUCAAGCUUUCCAAAGGGAGUUUUUAUGCAGCUGCAGCUCGAGUGUUGUCCAAAAACACAUUAGCCUUCAUAUUCGAUUGUAAUUCACAAGAAUUCCAACGCAUGUCCGGAUAGCAUGAUGAUAAGAGCAUAAUGAUCCCAUUUGGUGCGUGAACCCAGCAGCGCUAAAGCCACUCGUGCAGGGCAGGCAGUCUCCUGUACAGCAGUUGCUGCCGGUUCCUGUUUGUUACAUCAUGCAGAUGACUCAUGUGCAAAACAAAAAAAAAACUUGGCCAUGCAGGAAACAAGAAGACGACAAGGUGAGAGGUGGUGUCCGUCAUUGAAACUUGCGGAAUGGAUUUGGAGGCGCAGGAAAACGAACUGCUUGCUCUGCAGAGCAUCUUUGACUCACGGGAGUUUGUUCGCCAAGAAUCCAAGUCUGCCGGAGAAAUACGAGUUUCAGUCGAGCUGCCCCCGGGAUAUUUGGUGGCGCUCAGAGAAGGUGACACGUUGAAGCAGUACGACACAUCAUUCCUUCCGUCACUGCUUCUGACCUUUGGACUCCCUGAGAAUUACCCCUCCUCCUCUCCUCCUUCCUUCACUCUCUAUUGCAGCUGGCUAACUCACAAGCAGCUCGCAGCUCUGGGAGCUCACCUCACCGAUCUCUACCGAGCCACCGGAGGUGAUGUGGUGCUCUUCACAUGGGUACAGUUUCUGAGAGAAGAUGCUCUCCGAUUUCUGAAGAUCAGUUCUGUGCUGCAGCUGUCCAACGAGCCCAGCACCCCAUAUAACAGUCGAGAAACAAUAGAUGUUGCACCCUCAGAACAGAAAACUCAACCUACUCUGACUUCAGGAUCCAAAGAUGGCAUUCACGAAUGGACAAACAGUAGCAAUGUCGACACUCGGGGGUCUGCAGCCGCAGAUGAUUUCGCAUCAUCACGUGGUGAUGACGAAACGUGUGGAACAGGAGCCCGAGACAAAACAAGAGACACUUCAGAUGAAUACCGACCCUUCUCUGGUCCCACAUUGACUCCAGCGGAAAGUCUCCUGUCUGAGAUAAUGAUCCACGAUGCAGCCCGGCGACAGAAAGUUUUUCAAAGCACAGUUUAUGACUGCGCUGUGUGUUUCAUGAGCUACCUCGGUUCAGAAUGUGUUCAGAUACUGGAGUGCGGUCACAUCUUCUGCCAGGCCUGUCUCGCCGAGUUCUGCAAGCUCCAGAUAACAGAGGGAAAUGUCCGUGGUGUCACCUGUGCGCAGGCAGGCUGCACAGCCUUACCCACACAAGCACAACUGGAGAGUCUGGUCGGAGAGGAACUUUUCAGACGCUACGACCGUCUUCUUUUGCAGUCCACCCUGGACCGUAUGGCAGAUGUGAUGUACUGCCCACGGCCCUCCUGUGCGUCGCCUGUCGUUCUGGAGGAGGGCAGCGGUGUGGCGCUCUGCUCCGUCUGUGGCUUUGCCUUCUGCGUUACCUGCAAAAAGACCUACCACGGAACUGAUCGCUGCAGGCCAACGGUACAGCCAAAGAGCCAGGAAAACAAUGACCCAGAGCAAGGCAAUGCAGAUCUGCCCCAAUCUCUUGAGGGCAUGAAGGCUCUAUGGGAUGAUUAUGCCAGUGGCAGUAAGGAGAGGAAACGUCUGCUCGAGAGCCAGUAUGGGCGAAAUGGUCUGUUUCUCACUCUGGAACACUGCCUGAGUGAUGAUUGGAUUGUUUUGAAUAGCAAAAACUGUCCAUCGUGCUUUUGCAGGAUACAGGUUCAGUAUAUUUCCUUAUUGGUUUGCUCUUUUGUGAGUAAAAAGCGUUUGUGUAAUUCCUCAAUGUACUCUGUGUUCCAGAAAACCCACGGGUGCAACAUGAUGUCAUGCUCACAGUGUAGACUAUUGUUCUGUUGGGCCUGCCUGACAGGGCUUUCACCCAAGAAUGCAUCCCAACACUUUCAGGACAGCGGAUGUUCUCGCUACUAGUCUAACUGAUGACCAGCAGCCUCAGAUUGAACACACUUUUGCUGGACCUGUGCUGAAGUACAUUCUUGAAGGCGCUUGCUCUCACCGUUGUUCAACAGCAGCUCGAGGGAAAUAAUACAUAUAAACCUUCUAGAGCACUGUCAUGUACACAUAUACUCAUUUAUGCCCUAAAGGGGAAAUUCAAUAAUGGUUUGUGAGACUCCAUUGAAGUUAAUCAAAAACAAGACAUUACUUACACAUCGUGUUCCUUAAGUCUUGUAUCACCACCAAUACUCUUAGUACUAUUACUAAUUCCUAUUAACGCCACUUCUCCUACGUAUAUCACUGUUCUUUCUACUACCACUGUUUAUACAACUACGCUGCUACUCUUACUUGUCCUGCAAUCAGUACUAUCAUCACUAUUACAAGCACAAAAGCCCAUUGUGCUAUUUUUUUUUUUUUUAUACUACCGCUACGACUGUUAGUAGCACUAUUGCUAAUAAUACUGCCAAUUAUAUGAUUACACUGUCACUAACUAGUAUUACAAUAUCACCACUGCUUAGUGAAUUUCCCUUGUGGAUGAAUAAAGUAUCUUUCUGUCUGCUA